AAAAAAAUGUUUUCUGUCAUUGUCACAAUUAUACAUCUGUUGACUGCUCUAAUUUCUAUCAUUUAUGUUAGUAAAGGAUUAAAGAUAUUUAAUUCUCCUUUAUUUAAGAAUACAGACAUCCCUGAAAGAUUUAAGCCAUUCAGAAGGACAGAUAGAGACAAUUGGAAUAGAUAUGAAAUGUACCUCUGCAGUAUCCUUUUUUUCCCAUUGAGAUUGCUAAUGAGCUUUGUAAUAUUGAUAUCUUUCAUAUUUACAAUGUUUGUAGCUACUAUUGGUAGAAAUAUAAAAUUUAUAUUUAGGUUUUAAACUGAAAAAUCCUUGGCCAGAAUCUAGAUUGAAAGCGUUUAAACCUAUACUAUAAUUCCUUGGAAAGGCAUAUCUUUACGCUAAUGGCUUUAUUUAUAUUAAGGAAAAAACAUUAAGGUAAAUAUAAUGAACAAUUAUUUAUCAUAGAUUUGAAGAUUUUAUUCCUGAUUACUAAAAAACAGAAUUAAGUAAAGGUUAACCUUCAAUUAUUAUUUCAAAUCAUUCUAGUUGGUAUGAUACAAUAACUUAUGUUUACAAAUAUUUACCAUCCUAUAUGUCCAAAGUGUCAGUAAGCAAAUACCCAUUAUUUGGAUGGAUAACAACUUCAUUAAAGUCAAUUUAUGUUGAUAGAGAAAGCGAAGAAAGUCGACAUCAAUGUGUUGCAGAUCUAUCUGAAAGAGUCAGAUAAAUUAAUUAAGGCUAAUUGUUUCCACCUGUAAUCAUUUUUCCAGAAGGUACUACGACGAACGGAGAAUGUUUAAUUCCUUUUAAAAGAGGAGCAUUUGAUCCAUUAUUGCCUGUGAAAAUCUGCUGUCUCAAAUAUUCAAAGAGAAGAUUUCAUCCAGUCAUGGACGUUAUAGGCAUUGGUUAUAUGACACUUUUUUCAUUGAAUCAAUUUGCUAAUGAAGUAGAAAUAAUUGAAUUCGAAGGUCUAUUUGAUCCUACUUAUCUUAAUUUACAACAAUAUCCAGAAGAAAAAAGAGUAUGAUUCAUAAUUUAUCAUAAUUAGUGGGAGAUAUACGCAAAUGCAUGCAGGCAACUUAUGGCGUAAGCUCUUGGAAUCAAGUUGAUUGAAGCUACUUAUAGAGAUGGAGUAGAAUAUCAAAUGAAAUAUCUCAAAGGUAAAUUAAAAUAAGAGUGAAAAUUAUAUAAAUAUAAUA